AUGGCCGACGGCGCUCCCCGGCCCCAGCCGCCGCAGGACGGUCUGCGCCGCUGCUUCAUAUGCCUCAGCGACGAGAACGAGGCCGGCGCCUCGCAGUCCGCCUGGGUGCACCCGUGUCCCUGCACCCUCGAGGGCCACCAGGACUGCAUGAUCGAAUGGGUGACGGACCUCGAGCGCGAAAACAAGGAGAUCCGGUGUCCCGUCUGCAAGGCCCUCAUCAACAUCGACGAGCCGUGGGACCCGGCCCUGGCGCUGAGCAACCAGAUCUACAAGACCUUCAGCAAGAUCUCGCCGGGCCUGAUCCUCGGGGGCAUCGGCGCGGGGACAUGGGUCGGCCUCGCCAUGUACGGUAACAUCGCUGUGCGCGUUUUCGCCGGGCCCGAGGCCACGUACAGAUUCUUCUUCAACGAGAGGAACCCGCGGGGCGUGCCGACGGUCAACUGGAUCCACGUCGCCGCGCUGCCGACUAUUGCGCCGGCGCUGAUAAUCGGACAGUCGUUCCCCGUGCUGGGCAACGUCUUCAUGAUGCCCGCAGCGGCGCUAUAUGGCGUCUUCCACAUGGCGCGCGACGACAACUUCUUCUCGUGGCCGCCGUCCCCCCAACUAGCCGCCGCGACGUUUCCGUACAUCAGGGCAGCGUACAAUAACAUUUACCACGAGUUCAUGUGCCAGUAUGAGCGGCGGUGGGAGCGCAGACUGGCCGGCCUGCCGGAGCCGCCGCCGCAGCAGGCCAACCGACAAGAGCGCAGACAGCAGCGCCGCGCGAGGGAGCAGGGCGCGGACGGGCAGCGGAACAUUGGCAUCGUCGGGGGUUUGCUCGACGCGGCGAUAGACAUGCUGGACAUCCCUGAUGUUGCCGUCGACGUGGAAGUGGAGGAAGCAGAGAUGGAGGACGGAGACGGCAUGGCCCAUCUGGAGAUCAUUGUGGAGGAGAUGGAAGAUGCGGCAGCGGAGGAGGAGAGGGCGAACGCGGUGAAUGCCGCCGCAGCGGCUGCUGAUGGCGUGGAGGGACAGCCGCAGGAGAACAACCAGCCCGCAGCGCCUGCGCAAGCGGCGCCCGCGGCCCGUCAGCGUCCCCUUCAGACGAGCCUGCGCGACGUCACCAACGCGCUCGCGAGCACGCUGCUGCUUCCGAUGAUCUCUGCCGGCGUCGGCGAGCUCCUGCGCCUCGCGCUGCCGAAGCACCUCACCGCUCCGCCGAACGGUUUCGGUCGGUUCCGGGUGCGGACGGGCCUGCUCCAGGACCAGUGGGGCCGCAAUCUGGUGGGCGGGUGCAUGUACAUCGUGCUCCGCGACGCGUUCCGGUUAUAUACCAAGUACCGUAUGGCGCAGAACAAGCCCCUCCGCAAGGUGAGGAACGUGGACCGGCGUAGGGGCAACGCGUCUUCCUGA